CACUAAACUAAGCUCAAAACAGAGCCUCGGCCAUCUCCGUUUUUCUGAUAUAUAUAGACAUACAAUGGGUGUCACCAGUUACAGUGAUGAAUACACUUCCACAAUCCCUCCGGUCAGGCUUUUCAAAGCCUUGAUUGUUGACUCGCACAAUCUUAUCCCGAAACUCAUGCCAUUGGCUAUUAAAAGCAUCGAAAUUACCGGUGAUGGGGGAGCCGGCAGCAUCAGGCAGAUUAACUUUGCUGAAGGUAGCCAAGUCAAGCACAUCAAGAACCGGAUCGACGAGCUGGACGACGAGAAUUUUUCAUUCAAGUAUAGUUUGAUUGAAGGUGAUGGAAUGAUGGACAAGCUUGAAAAGAUUACAUAUGAAGUUAAAUUUGAGAGCACGGCAGAUGGUGGGAGCAAAAACAAGAUGACAAGCACGUACUACAGCAAGGGCGAUUUGGAGCUAACCGAAGAGGAAGUUAAGGCUGGCAAAGAGAAGGCCUUGGCUAUGUAUAAAGUUGUGGAAGGCUAUCUUCUUGAGAACCCUGAUGCUUAUGCUUCUUAAUUUAAAAAUGUCCUUA